GAAAGUCUACCUAUUGUUCUAGCUUGGCCCAACAUUGCGAAACUAUUGGCCGAUCAAUUAAUAUUGUAAACUUAGAUCCUGCUGCUGAGAAUUUCAACUAUCCUGUAGCAAUGGAUAUUAGGGAACUCAUUUCGUUGGAGGAUGUCAUGGAGGAGCUUGGAUUGGGGCCAAAUGGUGGCCUUAUUUACUGCAUGGAGCACCUCGAAGAAAAUCUGGAUGAGUGGCUGACAGAAGAAUUGGACAAUUAUUUGGAUGAUGAUUAUUUAGUUUUUGACUGCCCAGGCCAGAUAGAACUCUUCUCCCAUGUACCAGUGCUUAAGAACUUUGUGGAGCACUUAAAGCGUAAAAAUUUCAAUGUCUGUGUUGUGUACUUACUUGAUUCACAGUUUAUAACAGAUGUCACCAAGUUCAUAAGUGGCUGUAUGGCCUCACUAUCUGCUAUGGUUCAACUGGAGCUACCUCAUGUUAAUGUUCUCUCCAAAAUGGACCUUGUGAGAAACAAGAGGGACAUUGAGAAUUACUUGAAUCCAGAACCUCAGACUCUGUUGGCUGAGCUGAAUCAGCGUAUGGCUCCACAGUUUGGGAAACUUAAUAAGAGUUUGAUUGAACUG